GAGAAAGCUUUUUUAAUUGCAAAUAUCUUUUCAAUCUCCUUCAGAAAUGAAAUGAAAAAUGUCCUUGCCUCUGCCCAAGAACAUUUCUUCACUCGUACAUGUAAAUUCACCAAAAACCAUCCUUUCAGCUGCCUUCAGCCAAAUGCGAAUCACAAGGUUUUCGUCAGCAAAAAGGGAGAUGAAUCCAUCUAGUGGAUCAAAAAUCAUAGUUUCAAGGUUGCAGCUUACAGGGGGUCCUGAAAGUGGAGAAAAUAAGGAAUUGGUUCAAGAACUCCGUGUCUUUGUUAGGAAAAGAAGAGGUAAAAAAACUGACCAGGCCAUUGUUGAAGAGGUUAAACCUCAGAUUCUUGAUCAGAAGCCUUCUAGCCUCCCUGAAAUUGAAGAUUUUGGAUACCAGACGGACAAAACAGAAGCGCCUGAAAACUGGGAGAAGGUCCUUGAAUCUAUUCGUAAUAUGAGGUCUUCCGAAGAUGCCCCUGUAGAUUCAAUGGGGUGUGAAAAAGCUGGCAGUUCUCUUCCUCCUGAGUUUUCAAUCUUCGUUCUUGGAUUUUCAGGAGAGAAGGUUUGCAGUUUUGGUAUCUUCACUCUUAUCGAGUCAAACAAAGGAUCACGAGCUAUUCAACGGCUUCUGCAAAAUGAUUUGCUUACGGCCGAGGCCAUUGACAAAGCUAGUGAAGAUGAAAUCAAGAAGUUAAUUUACCCUGUGGGAUUUUACACAAGAAAAGCAAGCAACAUGAAAAAAAUCGCAAAAAUUUGUCUCUCAAAGUACGAUGGAGAUAUUCCUAGUACAUUGGAUGGGCUGCUGCAGCUUCCAGGAAUUGGCCCCAAAAUGGCGCAUUUGGUCAUGAAUGUCGGGUGGAAUAACGUUCAAGGAAUAUGUGUAGACACUCAUGUUCACCGGAUUUGUAAUCGUCUCGGAUGGGUUUCACGUCCCGGCACUAAGCAGGCACUCCUUAAAACUUCAACCCCAGAGGAAACUCGAGUGUCCUUACAACAAUGGCUUCCUAAGGAAGAAUGGGUUCCCAUCAACCCUCUUCUGGUGGGUUUUGGUCAGACUGUAUGCACUCCUCUUAGACCUCGUUGUGGCAUAUGCACGAUAAGCGAUUUUUGUCCAUCGGCAUUCAAAGAGAUCCCGAGCCCAUUAUCCAAAAUGAAAAAAAAAAAAGUGAACCGGAUUACUCUCAAACCCCUCCUUGUCAAGAGUUACUUGCAAAGGAUCUUCAUGGCAAUGAAUGGAAGUUCAGGCAUAUUUUCCGAGACUUUUAACAUGAAUGAAAACAAUCAGCUGCUCUUAGGGAUACGCCGUGCAAGUCGACCUCAAACAGUUAUGCCUUCAUCUGUGCUGUCGAGUGACAGCAUGCACAUUGGCCUUCUUGCAGCUGCUGCACAUGCAGCAGCCACUAGUAGCCGUUUUACUAUUUUCUAUAAUCCAAGGGCAAGCCCGUCCGAGUUUGUGAUACCUCUAGCAAAAUAUGCCAAAGCAGUUUAUCACACUAGAGUUUCUGUAGGCAUGCGUUUUCGGAUGCUAUUCGAGACCGAAGAAUCGAGCGUUCGUAGGUAUAUGGGUACAAUUACGGGCAUCAGUGACUUGGAUCCAGUUCGUUGGUCAAACUCUCAUUGGCGCUCGGUGAAGGUAUAAACAUAAAAUUAAAAAUUCGAAUUUUUCAUUUACGGGUGAUUUGUUUAUUGCACGGCACGUUGUUAUCAAUAUCAGGUUGGUUGGGACGAAUCGACUGCAGGUGAAAGGCAACCGAGAGUGUCAUUGUGGGAAAUCGAACCUCUGACAACUUUCCCUAUGUACCCUUCUCCAUUUUCCCUCAGAUUGAAGCGGCCAUGGCCAGUUGGACUCCCUUCAUUCCCUGGCCUUAAAGAUGGUGAUAUGGGCAUGAAUUCUCCAUUUUUCGGGGACCAAUCGUUUAAUUUCCAAAACUUGGGUGUUUCCCCAUGGAUCCAGCCGAGGAUCGAUUCUUCUUUCCACUCUUUACAGCCGAAUAUUUACCAAUUAAUGGCUGCAGCCGCCCUUCAGGACUCGACUAGCUCGUUAAACCCUUCCAAACUCCUUCAAUUCCAACAAAACAUUCCAAACAUUUCCUCAUCAUUAAUGCCGAACCCAAUGCUACAGCAGCCCCAACCCCAUCAAACCUUCAUCCAGAACAUUCCGGAAACCAACGGUCAAUUCUUACAGCAGCAGUUACAACAACAAAUUCACCCUCAAUAUCAAGAUCAACAACAGGUCAAGAAAACAAAUUCCGAGGCUCAGUUCACAACGCCUAUGCAGCAGCCCAUGAGCCAGCUGCAGAAUCUCUCGGACCUCAUCGGGACCCACAUUUCGUCAUCUUCUUCCGAAAACCCUUCCAUGCAGAACAAUCACUCGAGCCCGUUUUCUCGUGAAGGGUCCUUCAAACGGGUCGCUGUGGACCCGCAGCAGGUUAUGAACAAAACUUCUUCUCAUUUUGGCGUGCCGCAGUUGGAAGAACUCGGGACACCGAAUAAUAAUACUAAGGUCUCGGAUCUUACGGCCCUUUUGCCACCUUUUCCCGGACGGGAAUUUUCGAACUUUGCGAGUAAUUCCCAUAGCAAUUUGAUUUUCGGGGUCGGUAAUGACUCGUCGCCAGCUAGUUUGGCGAAUGGACUAUCGACACUCAGAAACGGCAGCAAUGAGAAUGAGUCCUUGCCGAUUCCUUAUGUGGGCCCAACAUUCGGAGGUGGUGCUACAGGCAAUGAUUUUCCUCUCAACUCGGAUAUGACCACGUUGAGUUGCGUGGAUGAAUCUGGUUACAUGCAGUCCUCAGAGAACAACGUGGACCAAACGAAUCCGACCCCAGGAGCCUUCGUUAAGGUUCACAAGUCGGGUUCGUUUGGGCGAUCGCUGGACAUAUCGAAAUUUAGCAGUUAUCCGGAGCUGAGAACGGAGCUUGCUCGGAUGUUUGGGCUUGAAGGCCUAUUGGAGGACCCACAUAGAUCAGGCUGGCAGCUUGUAUUCGUCGACCGCGAGAAUGACGUUCUUCUCCUCGGUGAUGACCCUUGGCAGGAAUUUGUGAACAAUGUUUGGUAUAUCAAGAUUCUUUCUCCCAUGGAAGUGCAGCAGAUGGGGAAAGAAGGGCUCGAUCUUCCGAAUUCGGCCCAAACAAAUCGGCUCUCGAGUGGCAGCAAUAGCUGUGAUGAUGACUACACGAGCCAAAAGGACUCGAGAAGCAACUUGCUCAAGUUCUGAUGAAAAUAAUGUAAAAUUGAAACAAAUUCCAAGUGUUCGUCGUGUGAAAAUAAUCAGUUCCAUUUGGUCUUCGUGAUUUCUCUCGAUUACUCUUUGCAAAUCCACCAAAGGCCACUGGUAUCUGGUAUGCAGUAUGUUUUAUUAUCCUGCUAAGGGAUUGAAUUGAACUGUUGAAACUUUUGUAUUUCUGGAAAAAAAAAAAAUGGUGUAUAUUAGUACUAUGAUGAGUUCAUGUCUUGUAUUGGAGCUAAUAUGUCUGAAUGUUUGAGAUGUAAUGUAAGAGACUUUGAUGGCCAUUUGUAAUCAAGAAAACUAAAAAAAAAGCAAGCAGGCUUAUUAUUUUAACCAUUCUCCA